AUGCCGCUCGACAACAAUCCGCUACCCGCCACGGUGGUACUGCUCUCUGCGGCGCUCACUGUCCUGCUGGCCUACGUGCUCUACGCAGUGACCUACAAUGUCUACUUCCACCCGCUGGCCGAGUUUCCGGGACCGCGCCUCGCCGGCGCUACGACAUACUGGAAGGCGUACAUCGAGUGCAUCGCGAACCGGUCCUUUUGUCACUUCCUUCUCCACUUUGCCAACCCCAAAGCCUAUCACGACAUCUACAACAACAAGAAUCGCUGGGACAAGGAAGCCACACUGUAUCAGAGCUUCAACGAAGACAGAUCUAGUUUCGGUUUUCUCACUUAUCCCGAAGCCAAGAACCGCAAAGAUGUGCUCAAUCGCUCCUUCUCGCCCGCCGCCAUCGAGAGCUCCGAGGGGCUGUUGGUUGCAAAGGUCAAGGAAUUGUGUGCAGCUUUCGAGCGGCGAAGCCAGGCUUCGAAAAGCACCGAUCUGUUCUAUGCAUUCCGCUGCAUGAGCGUAGAUGUCAUAACGACCUUCUGCUUCGGCAAACCCAUCCACGCUGUUGACGAAGCAGAUUUCAAGGCUCCGAUUGUCGUGGCCCUGGAUGCGGCGACGCCCGUUGCUAUGUACUUCAAGUAUUCCGAUUUGUUCAAGAACUUCAUAUUGAAAUGCCCGCCCAAUCUGUCCAAGAAGCUUAGCCCGUUGACAGCGGGCAUGAUUGAUCUAAACCAGUUACUCUCCCAGCAGAUCAACGAGCUCACCGAUGAUCCGGAAAAGCUUAAACUCCUUCCCCACAACAUGACCAUUUACCACCGACUGAUGGACCCGGAAGCCCAUCGUGACAAGCGGAUUCCCUCGGCUGGCAGCCUGUAUGAAGAGGCUCAAGCACUCAUGUUUGGUGGCACUGACACGGUCGGCAAUACCCUCAUGGUGGGAGCUUUCCACUUGCUCAAGAAUCACGAGAAGAUGCAGAAGCUCAAGUCGGAACUAUCAGCAGCCUGGCCUUCGCUCACAGAGAACGAGCCCAAGGUACGCGAUCUCGAGAGGUUACCUUAUCUGAAUGCCGUCAUCAAGGAGUCGCUCAGGCUCUCAUCGGGCGUCACGUCUGGUCUUUUGCGCAUCGUUCCUGCGACUGGUGCCACGAUAUCGGGAGUCCAAGUGCCACCCAAAACCAUUGUUUCAUGUGGUAGCACUUUCGUCCACUUCAACGCCAAGAUUUUCCCUGAACCAGACAAUUUUGUUCCGGAGCGCUGGCUCGACGAGUCGGCCGAGCUGGACAAGUGGCUUGUUGCCUUCUCGCGUGGCCCACGUAUGUGUUUGGGAAUCAAUCUCGCUUGGGCAGAGUUGCGUCUCGGUUUUGCUCACGUGUUCCGCAAGUUCGACCUGGAGCCCAAGGGCCAGUUUAUGCCCGCCACUGGAGGCAGCAGGGCAGUCCACGCGCCGCCUUCGAAGCCUACAGAGAAGGGCAAGAUGGUGCAGGCCAUGCAGCCACCGCGCAGAGAGAGCAGCGCUGGCGUCCCAGCCCAGCGGCCCGGCAUCAAGACGCGCGCAUACUCUGCUCCAAACGCCCCAAAGAGCGACGGCGAUGUUGGCAGCGAGCUCGACCGCACAGACGAAGACAAUGAAGGCGAAGAGAUAGCGGAUGAUGCCUUCUUCCAGCGAUACCACUUUCCCCAGCCCAUCCUCUCCACCCAGGAAGAAGAGGGCAGCAGUGCCGAAUCCUCUUCAGACACCGAGGGACCUCUCUCGCCCACGCACCACAAGGACCGCCAGUCGGCACAGGACGCGACGUCGGAGCCAUCUACGAGCUCGGCCAACAGCGAUUCGGCAUCACCUAUCCAAGACCUUAACAUUGCCGUCAUUGGCGCGCGGGGUUCCGGCAAGUCGACCUUUGUCCGCCGCGCCCUCGGGCUACCAGAAACCUCGACAACGACCAAUUGCUCGCGGCGAAUGACAAUCGACGGCACCCCCUACAUUGUGCGCUUCCUCGAAAUGGCCUUCAACGACGUGCACGUGGGCGACCGCAGCAUCAUCAAAUGGCCAGAAACCAUACACGACUUUGCGACACCGCGCAUGGAUGCAGCCGUUACCAUCUACGACGUCACAAACCAGGAGAGCCUGGGCAAGGUUCCCGAAAUGCUGAGCACACUGUCCAAGGCACAAUUACCCUUUAUCCUCGUAGCCUGCAAGUGCGAUCAACACCCCGCCCACCGCGAAGUCGAUCCGUCCGUUGUGGAGCAAAAAGCAAAGUCCUUCAUUGGAGACGUGAGCGUGUUUCAGACCUCCGAGUCGUCACCGGAGACGCACCGAGGAUGCCUGUCCGUCAUCACUCGUGCAGCGAUAGCGGCCAAGCGACUCAUUGACCCCAUGCAGCCAGGUCCCAAGCGUCAAUGGCGCGGCGGCGGGCCAACUCUUCCGCCCUCGGAGAUCUCCAUGAGGUUUCAACGGGCUUCUAGCGAGGUCAAGGGUCACCGUUAUAAGCCCAGCGAUGCCAACAAAACUUUUUUCAACGCCGAAGAGUCUCCCGGCUAUGAUUCGCAAGAAUCCGAUGACCAGGACUCGGACGCCGGCCAAAGCAUCAUGUCGGUGAAGCCGUCGGAUGAAAAUGGCUACACUUUCGAACAGCUCGUCGACCGACUACUCGCCCAGCCCAUGUCCAAAAAUGACUCCAAGUUCGUCUCCGUCUUCCUUGCCUUGUACCGGAGGUUUGCAACACCAGGUCAGCUACUCGAAGCAAUCAUCAAACGUUUUGAAGCCCAGAACAAGGAGAAGGACCUGGCCAUGAUCCGGAUAAUCGCUCAACUCCGUUACCUAUCCAUCUUGCAGCAAUGGGUCGCCUACUACCCUGGUGACUUCGCCUAUCCAACGACGCGCCGACUAAUCCGAAGGUUUGCAUCGUCGUUGGCCUUGAACCGCGAAUUCUCCGUCGCCGCGACCGAGAUCAUCCGCGAUCUGGAGAUGGUCACUGAAGACGACGACACCGACUGGGCAUGCAGCGACCGCCAACGCCACCAGAACGAAAACAUACCGACAUUCCAUAACAACGUCCUGGACGAAGACUCCGAUGAGGACGAGUUUUCAAGAGCGCUGGGCCACAUGUCUAUGAGCAGUUCGACGCGGAACUCGGUUGCCCGAAGCAGCGUAACAGGCGGUGCAUCAUCCAUAAGCGGCUCCAUGGGCUCAUCGCAGAUCCUCCUUACCCAAGUCGAGAAGAACGAACGACUGGCUCGACAACUGGAACCUAACCCGAUCAAGCCCCUAUCCAAGAUCCAGUGGCACCAGCUCAUGAGUGAAUCAGACGAAGCGAUCGCGAAGGAACUUACCCGGAUAGACUGGAUCAUGUUCUCCUCAGUACGACCACGCGAUCUCGUACGCCAUGUCAGUCUGAAUGCCGAAGAGAAGAAGCGAUGCAAGAACCUGGAGAAUGUAACACGCAUGACCGAGCACUUUAACCACGUCGCCUACCUCGUCACCAACUACAUCCUUCUACGCGAUAAGCCCAAGCACAGAGCCCUCAUGAUGGAGAAGUGGAUGAAGAUUGCACGACAGCUUCGGAAAUUGAACAACUACAACAUGCUUGGUGCCGUCAUGGCAGGCAUCAACGGCACAGCGAUUGGCCGACUUGUGGCGACUCGGGAGUUGGUCCCUCAAGCCACAAACCAAGACUUCUGGAAACUCGAUAUCCUCAUGGGCCAAACGAAGUCGCAUUCUGCCUACCGACUGGCAUGGGAGAAUAGUUCCGGCGAGCGCAUACCAUACAUACCACUUCACCGUCGCGACCUCGUAUCAGCUUCGGAAGGCAACUCAACGUUCGUUGGCGACAAAAAAAAGACUGAUUCAGCGUUCGCCCCACACCCGGGCGUAAGUGUCUUCGAAGGUGUUGCAGGGAAACGUGAUAGCCGAGAGCCACCGCCCAGCGGAGUCGUCGGCAAGGAACGCAUCAAUUGGCGCAAGUUUGAGAUCAUGGGUGAGGUCAUCGUCGGAGUACAACGCGCGCAGGGCACGCCGUAUCCCAACUGGCAAAGGUGUGAAGAGAUACGGAAUUUGAUCUUGGAUAUUAAGAUUAAUAAGGACGAUGAAGAACUAUACGAACGCAGCACCCAUCUCGAAGCCGGCCGGGCCGACGAGAAGAGCAGAAUUGCAAGAUGGUUCCGAGAGCGUUAG